AUGAUUUUGCGGUUUGCUACCACUGCUUCCGAAAGCCCCAAGGUGGUUGAGACGCCAAGGGAUAAAAACUUUGCAAUCGCAAUGAAGGCAGUUAAGGAUGCCGAAGAAUUGGCUGACAAAUACCACAAGUAUGUCUCUGAUGCUAUCGUUCGGUGGAGCAAAUGCAAUGAAAUUUACUAUGGCAAGGAACGUGAUAUGGUGAAUUACCCAACGAUAAAAGUUCCUGAACGGCACCCGAAAGUUCGUCUAGGAUUUAUCCCUGAUGCAUGGUUUCAAUUGCUCUAUUCUCGUACUGGUGUUACAGGCCCGUACCUCUUCCUUUUCGGUACAACUGCCUUUCUCUUGAGCAAGGAAUACUGGGUUGUUGACGCCCAUUUCAUGGAAAUGAUCCCAUUCGUUGUAAUCAUGACCUGGGGCAUAAAAAAAUUUGGUCCUUGGUGCUCUAAUUACAUCGGUAAAAUAACUCAGCAACGGAUUGAUAAUUUCUACACCAAACCACUGAAUAGCACUAUGGUAAACCUGGAUAGGACCAUUAAGUCGGCAGAUGAGGAGAUAGCACGCGCUGCCUUCCUCCCCAAACUCGUAGCUGCAAAGAAGGAGAACAUUGAUUUGCAACUGGAGGCAGCGUACCGGGAACGCCUCCAAAAUGUCUACAAGGCCGUCACACGUCGCCUGGACUACCAUGUGGAGAGAGAGAAUGUUCGGCGCCGUUUUCAACAGCAGCACAUGGCGAAUUGGAUUACCGCCGCGGUGGUGGCGGGUAUCACUCCAGCCCAGGAGAAGGAGACUCUGCGAAAGUGCAUAGAGGAUUUAAGAGCGCUGGCUGCAACACAGUCCGCUUCAAGAACGGCCUAG